AUGAACCCCGCCGAAGGGGCAGCGGAGGAAGGAGCGGUCCCCGACUCGGAGGUGGACGCCUUUUUCCGAACAGGAUCUUUCCGCAAUGACGGCUUGAAAGCUGCUGAUGUCCUUCCCAUACUAAAGGAAAAGGUGGCCUUUGUUUCAGGCGGCCGUGAUAAACGAGGAGGUCCCAUCCUGACUUUUCCAGCACGCAGCAAUCAUGACAGAAUAAGGCAGGAAGAUCUUCGGAAACUUGUGACUUACUUGGCUAGCGUACCAAGUGAAGAUGUCUGCAAACGUGGUUUCACGGUCAUCAUUGAUAUGAGAGGCUCUAAGUGGGAUCUGAUCAAACCUCUCCUGAAGACUCUUCAGGAGGCUUUUCCUGCAGAAAUUCAUGUUGCCCUGAUAAUCAAGCCUGAUAACUUUUGGCAAAAGCAGAAGACAAAUUUUGGAAGUUCAAAAUUUAUCUUUGAGACAAGCAUGGUCUCCGUUGAAGGUUUAACAAAACUGGUUGAUCCCUCCCAACUAACAGAAGAGUUUGAAGGAACUCUGGAUUACAAUCAUGAUGAAUGGAUAGAAUUGAGAGUUUCCUUGGAAGAAUUUUUCAAUAGUGCCAUACAUUUAUUAUCCAGGCUGGAGGACCUUCAGGAAAUGCUGGCUAGGAAGGAAUUUCCAGUGGAUGUGGAGGGUUCAAGAAGACUAAUAGACGAACAUACUCAGCUCAAGAAGAAAGUAAUCAAAGCUCCAGUGGAAGAAUUGGACCGUGAGGGUCAACGAUUAUUACAAUGCAUAAGAUGCAGUGAUGGUUUCUCUGGUAGGAACUGCAUUCCUGGCAGUGCAGAUUUCCAAAGUCUUGUGCCAAAGAUUACCAGUCUUCUAGAUAAGCUGCAUUCAACACGACAGCACUUGCAUCAGAUGUGGCAUGUCCGUAAACUGAAACUAGAUCAGUGUUUUCAACUUCGACUUUUUGAACAAGAUGCAGAAAAGAUGUUUGAUUGGAUCAGCCAUAACAAAGAGUUGUUCCUGCAGAGUCACACUGAAAUUGGAGUGAGCUAUCAACAUGCCCUUGAUUUACAAACACAACAUAAUCAUUUUGCUAUGAAUUCCAUGAAUGCCUAUGUGAAUAUCAAUCGCAUCAUGUCGGUUGCAUCCAGGCUUUCAGAGGCUGGCCAUUAUGCAUCUCAACAAAUUAAGCAGAUUUCCACACAGCUAGAUCAAGAGUGGAAGAGCUUUGCUGCAGCACUGGAUGAGCGUAGCACUAUACUGGCCAUGUCUGCUGUGUUUCACCAGAAGGCCGAACAGUUUCUGUCUGGUGUAGAUGCCUGGUGCAAAAUGUGCAGUGAAGGAGGUCUCCCCUCUGAAAUGCAAAACCUGGAAUUGGCCAUCCAUCAUCAUCAGUCCCUUUAUGAACAGGUCACUCAGGCUUACACUGAGGUAAGUCAGGAUGGCAAAGCUUUACUGGAUGUCCUGCAACGUCCCUUGAGUCCUGGAAACUCAGAAUCCCUCACGGCUACAGCGAAUUAUUCCAAGGCUGUUCACCAAGUUUUGGAUGUGGUCCACGAGGUCUUACAUCACCAGCGGCGCUUGGAGAGCAUCUGGCAACACAGGAAAGUUCGGUUACAUCAGCGGCUUCAACUUUGUGUUUUCCAGCAAGAUGUUCAACAGGUCCUGGACUGGAUUGAAAACCAUGGGGAGGCCUUUCUUAGUAAACACACUGGAGUGGGAAAGUCUCUUCACAGAGCACGAGCUCUUCAGAAAAGGCAUGAUGAUUUUGAAGAAGUAGCACAGAAUACCUACACUAAUGCAGACAAGCUACUGGAAGCAGCAGAGCAACUGGCCCAGACUGGGGAAUGUGAUCCUGAAGAGAUUUACAAAGCAGCACGGCAUCUAGAAGUCCGGAUUCAGGACUUCGUUAGGAGAGUGGAACAGAGGAAACUUCUUUUGGAUAUGUCUGUCUCCUUCCACACUCAUACCAAAGAGCUGUGGACAUGGAUGGAAGACCUGCAGAAGGAGCUCUUGGAAGACGUCUGUGCUGACUCUGUAGAUGCCGUUCAGGAACUCAUAAAGCAGUUCCAGCAGCAGCAAACAGCUACUCUGGAUGCCACUCUCAAUGUCAUCAAAGAAGGGGAAGAUCUAAUCCAGCAGCUCAGAGAUUCGGCGGUCUCUAACAAUAAAACACCACAUAAUAGUUCCAUCAGCCACAUUGAGUCUGUCCUCCAACAGCUUGAUGAAGCUCAGGUACAGAUGGAGGAGCUCUUCCAUGAAAGGAAAAUUAAGCUGGAUAUUUUUCUUCAGCUCCGGAUUUUUGAACAGUACACUAUUGAGGUGACCGCUGAAUUAGAUGCCUGGAAUGAGGAUUUACUGCGUCAAAUGAAUGAUUUCAACACCGAGGAUCUCACUUUGGCUGAACAACGGCUGCAGCGGCAUACAGAGAGGAAGAUGGCUAUGAACAAUAUGACAUUUGAGGUCAUUCAGCAAGGGCAAGAUUUGCACCAGUACAUCAUGGAAGUGCAAGCUUCAGGCAUCGAACUGAUCUGUGAAAAGGACAUCGAUCUAGCAAUCCAAGUGCAAGAGCUGCUGGAAUUUCUUCAUGAGAAACAGCACGAAUUGGAGCUGAAUGCUGAUCAGACGCACAAACGGCUGGAGCAGUGCCUUCAGCUUCGACACCUGCAGGCAGAGGUUAAGCAGGUCCUUGGCUGGAUCCGUAAUGGAGAAUCAAUGCUCAACGCCAGUCUUGUCAAUGCAAGUUCCUUGUCAGAGGCUGAGCAGCUCCAGAGAGAGCACGAGCAGUUUCAGCUGGCCAUAGAGUCCCUCUUUCAUGCCACUUCCUUGCAGAAGACGCACCAGAGUGCUCUCCAAGUACAGCAAAAGGCAGAGGUGUUACUGCAGGCCGGCCAUUACGAUGCUGAUGCCAUCCGGGAAUGUGCGGAAAAAGUGGCCUUGCAUUGGCAGCAACUCAUGCUAAAGAUGGAGGACCGGCUAAAACUGGUCAAUGCCUCUGUUGCUUUCUAUAAAACUUCAGAGCAGGUUUGCAGUGUGCUGGAGAGUUUGGAGCAAGAAUAUCGAAGAGAUGAAGACUGGUGUGGAGGUCGGGAUAAGCUGGGACCAUCCUCUGAGAUAGAUCAUGUUAUUCCCUUAAUCAGCAAACAUCUGGAACAGAAAGAAGCCUUUCUCAAGGCAUGCACACUAGCACGAAGGAAUGCAGAAGUGUUUCUCAAGUACAUUCAUCGAAACAACGUCAGCAUGCCAGGAGUAGUGAGCCAUACCAGGGGUCCUGAACAGCAAGUGAAAGCCAUUCUGAGUGAGCUGCUGCAGAGGGAAAAUCGUGUUCUUCAUUUUUGGACUUUGAAGAAAAGGCGACUGGAUCAGUGUCAGCAAUAUGUAGUCUUUGAGCGCAGUGCAAAGCAGGCCUUGGAUUGGAUUCAGGAAACAGGAGAAUAUUAUCUCUCUACUCACACUUCCACUGGAGAAUCAGCAGAUGAAACACAGGAACUUUUGAAAGAAUAUGGAGAAUUCAAAGCACCUGCCAAGCAAACCAAGGAGAAAGUGAAGCUUCUCAUUCAGCUGGCCGAUAGCUUCGUGGAGAAAGGACACACACACGCCACAGAAAUUAGGAAAUGGGUUACUACGGUUGACAAGUGCUAUCGGGAUUUUUCACUGAGAAUGGGGAAGUACCGCUACACUUUGGAAAAAGCUCUUGGGAUCAAUACAGAGGAUAAUAAAGACCUGGAGCUGGACAUCAUUCCAGCAAGUCUGUCUGAUCGUGAAGUAAGGCUACGUGAUGCCAGUCAUGAAGCCAAUGAAGAAAAGAGAAAGUCAGCCAGGAAAAAAGAGUUCAUCAUGGCUGAAUUACUUCAGACAGAGAAGGCCUAUGUUAGGGACCUGCAUGAAUGUUUAGAGACCUACCUUUGGGAAAUGACAAGUGGAGUAGAGGAGAUACCACCAGGGAUUCUGAACAAGGAACACAUAAUAUUUGGAAAUAUCCAGGAGAUAUAUGACUUUCAUAACAAUAUUUUUCUGAAAGAACUGGAAAAAUACGAACAACUUCCUGAAGAUGUUGGUCACUGCUUUGUCACCUGGGCGGAUAAGUUUCAGAUGUAUGUUACCUACUGUAAAAACAAACCUGAUUCCAGCCAAUUGAUCUUAGAGCACGCAGGAACAUUCUUUGAAGAAAUUCAACAAAGGCAUGGUUUGGCCAACUCCAUUUCCUCAUAUCUGAUCAAACCUGUCCAGAGGAUUACAAAGUAUCAGCUUUUAUUAAAGGAACUUUUAACAUGCUGUGAAGAAGGAAAAGGAGAGCUCAAGGAUGGUUUGGAAGUCAUGCUCAGUGUCCCUAAGAAAGCCAAUGAUGCCAUGCAUGUAAGCAUGCUGGAAGGAUUUGAUGAAAAUUUGGAUGUUCAGGGAGAACUGAUUCUUCAGGAUUCAUUCCAAGUAUGGGAUCCCAAAUCUCUCAUCCGGAAGGGUCGUGAGAGACAUUUGUUUCUCUUUGAAAUCUCUCUAGUUUUCAGCAAAGAGAUAAAAGAUUCUACAGGACAUACUAAAUAUGUUUACAAGAACAAAUUACUGACCUCAGAACUGGGAGUAACAGAGCAUGUGGAAGGAGAUCCAUGCAAGUUUGCCUUGUGGUCUGGACGGACUCCCUCUUCGGAUAACAAAACAGUGUUAAAAGCAACCAGUAUUGAAACUAAACAAGAAUGGAUUAAAAAUAUUCGAGAAGUGAUACAAGAAAGAAUUAUACAUGUAAAAGGAGCUUUGAAAGAGCCAAUCCAGCUCCCUAAAACCCCUGCAAAACAAAGAAACAACAGUAAGAGAGAGGGAGGAGAAGAUGCUGACAGCCAAGGAGAUGGGAGUAGUCAGCCUGACACAAUUUCAAUUGCAUCCAGGACUUCUCAGAAUACAGUAGACAGUGACAAGCUGUCUGGAGGAUGUGAACUAACUGUGGUGCUGCAAGACUUUGUUGCCAGUCACAGCAGUGAACUGAGUAUUCAGGUGGGACAGACUGUGGAGUUACUCGAAAGGCCAAGUGAACGGCCAGGCUGGUGUCUGGUGCGGACCACAGAAAGGAGUCCACCUCAAGAAGGUCUGGUCCCCAGCAGUGCUCUCUGCAUCUCCCAUUCCCGGAGCAGUGUAGAAAUGGACUGCUUCUUCCCAUCAGGAAAAGAUGCCUAUUCCACCUCCUCCAACGAAAAUGGAGCAAAAUCUGAUUCUGUGGCUAACUUGCAGCCCCACACGUCCCUUAAUUCUAUCCAGAGCUCCCCUGGUCCAAAGCGUUCAACCAAUACCCUGAAAAAAUGGCUAACAAGUCCUGUACGCCGCCUGAACAGUGGGAAAGCUGACAGCAACAUCAAAAAACAGAAGAAAGUACGUGAAGGAAGGAAGAGCUUCGACCUAGGUUCCCCCAAGCCUGGAGAUGAAACCACACCUCAGGGAGACAGUGCCGAUGAGAAGAGCAAGAAAGGAUGGGGCGAAGAUGAACCAGAUGAAGAAUCUCAUACACCACUUCCUCCUCCAAUGAAGAUUUUUGAUAAUGAUCCUACACAAGAUGAGAUGUCUUCCUCUUUGCUAGCUUCUCGACAGACCAGCUCUGAUGUCCCAACUGCUGCGGAUCUUGUCAGUGCAAUAGAAAAAUUGGUCAAAAGCAAGCUGACAUUGGAAGGGGGCUCCUACCGAGGAAGCUUAAAGGAUAGUACUGGAUGCUUGAAUGAAAUUGUGACACCUUCAACCCCUCCUUCAAGAAACCUCGAAGAGGAACAAAAGGCCAAAGCUAUGAGAGGCAGGAUGUUUGUUCUAAAUGAACUGAUACAAACAGAGAAAGACUAUGUCAAGGACUUAGGAACUGUGGUGGAGGGAUUUAUGAAAAGAAUAGAAGAAAAAGGUGUUCCUGAAGAUAUGAAAGGGAAAGACAAGAUUGUAUUUGGAAACAUUCACCAGAUCUAUGAUUGGCACAAAGACUUUUUUCUUACUGAACUGGAAAAGUGCCUUCAGGAACAUGACCGUUUAGCACAGCUCUUCAUCAAACAUGAGAGGCGAUUACACAUGUACGUGGUGUACUGUCAAAACAAACCAAAAUCAGAAUAUAUCGUAGCUGAAUGUGGUACAUAUUUUGAGGAAGUGCAACAAGAAAUAAACCAGCGGUUAACUCUCAGCGACUUCUUAAUUAAGCCCAUUCAAAGAAUAACCAAGUAUCAGUUGCUUCUCAAGGACUUCUUGAAAUAUAGUGAAAAGGCUGGAUUGGAUUGCUUGGAAAUAGAGAAAGCUGUAGAUUUGAUGUGCCUUGUUCCUAAACGCUGCAAUGACAUGAUGAAUCUGGGACGACUGCAGGGCUUUGAGGGCAAGCUGGCAGCUCAAGGGAAAUUGUUGCAACAGGAUACAUUCUAUGUAACAGAGCAGGACUCUGGAGGGUUGUCUCGGCCAAAAGAACGCAGAGUUUUCCUCUUUGAGCAAAUAGUCAUCUUUAGUGAACUACUUAGGAAAGGCUCCUUAACACCUGGGUACCUGUUUAAGCGGAGCAUAAAGAUGACAUAUCUAAUACUUGAGGACAAUGUGGACAACGAUCCUUGCAAAUUUGCUCUCAUGAAUCGGGAAACAUCAGAACGGUUCAUAUUGCAAUCUGCCAAUCCUGAAAUCCAACAAGCUUGGGUACAGGAUAUCAGUCAAGUACUUGAUACACAGAGGGACUUCUUAAAUGCAUUACAGUCUCCAAUAGAGUAUCAGCGUAAAGAAAGCAGCAGUUCAGCUGUAAUGAGACCCCAAACCAGCCGGGCACCUCAGCCCAUCACCAGACCCUAUUCCUCAGGACCUGUAGGAUCUGAUAAAACUUCAAAGGCUACAAUGCGCAACCCAUCUCUUCCACCUCUGAAGAUAUCUACCUCCAAUGGUAACACAGUGCAUGAACAGUAUCAGCCUGAGGACAGAUAUGAACAGAGCAAGAAUGACUUGGGUGGGUGCAAUGGAACCUCUUCUAUGGUGGUCGUCAAAGAUUACUAUGCAUUAAAGGAGAAUGAAAUCUGUGUCAACCAGGGUGAAGUGGUCCAAGUACUUGCCAUUAACCAGCAGAACAUGUUCCUUGUGUACCAGCCUGCCAAUGACCACUCACCAGCAGCAGAAGGAUGGAUCCCAGGGAAUAUCUUGGCUCCCCUCACUAAAUCAGCUACAGAUAGUAGCGACGGAAGCAUAAAGAAGUCAUGUUCAUGGCAUACCCUGCGCAUGAGAAAGAGGGCGGAAAAGGAGAGCAGUGGCAAAACGGAAGCCAAUGGCCUACGUAAACCCAAGGAUAUUCUGGGCAACAAAGUCUCUGUUAAAGAGACAAACAGUUCAGAAGAGUCAGAAUGUGAUGACCUUGACCCCAACACUAGCAUGGAGAUCAUCAACCCAAAUUUCAUCCAGGAAGUUGCUCCUGAGUUUCUCGUGCCCUUAGUGGACAUCACUUGCUUGCUUGGAGACACCGUAAUGUUGCAAUGCAAAAUCUGUGGGCGGCCCAAACCAACCAUCACCUGGAAAGGACCGGAUCAAAACAUGCUCGACAAUGACAAUAGCACUUCUGCAAUUACAGUUACCUCCUGUGAAUCAGGUGACAUUACUCUAAAGAUCUGCAACGUGAUGCCUCAGGACAGUGGCAUUUACACUUGUGUGGCCACAAAUGAACUUGGAACAGCAUCCACAUCAGCGACAGUCAAAGUACAAGGGGUUCCAGCUGCCCCAAAUCGGCCUAUUGCUCAGGAAAGAAGUUGCACUUCGGUGAUUCUCCGCUGGCUGCCUCCAUCCAGCACAGGCAACUGUACCAUCUCAGGCUACACAGUCGAGUACAGAGAAGAAGGCUCCCAGAUCUGGCAGCAAUCUGUUGCCUCAACUUUGGACACCUACCUCGUUAUUGAAGACCUCAUGCCUGGCUGUCAGUACCAGUUCCGGGUCAGCGCCAGCAAUCCCUGGGGAAUUAGCUUACCCAGUGAGGCCUCUGAAUUUGUGAAACUCCCAGAAUACGACUCUGCGGCGGAUGGUGCCACCAUUACUUGGAAAGAGAAUUUUGAUUUUGCUUAUACAGAGCUGAAUGAAAUUGGACGGGGGCGAUUUGCUGUCGUAAAGAAAUGUAUUCACAAAGCCACAAGGAAGGAUGUUGCGGUGAAGUUUGUCAAUAAAAAAAUGAAAAAGAAGGAACAGGCAGCCCAUGAAGCAGCCAUGUUGCAACACCUGCAACAUCCUCAGUAUAUCACCAUUCAUGACACUUAUGAGUCACCUUCUUCCUAUAUCUUAGUUUUAGAACUGAUGGAUGAUGGCCGUCUCUUGGAUUAUCUUAUGAAUCAUGAUGAACUCAUGGAAGAAAAAAUAGCUUUUUAUAUAAGAGAUACGAUGGAAGCUUUACAAUAUCUUCACAAUUGUCGAGUUGCUCAUCUGGAUAUAAAGCCAGAAAAUUUGCUGAUUGAUUUACGGAUCCCAGUGCCACGUGUUAAGUUAAUUGACCUUGAAGAUGCCGUUCAAAUCACUGGCCAUUACCAUGUUCAUCACCUGCUUGGAAACCCUGAGUUUGCUGCUCCAGAAGUACUCCAAGGGGCUCCAGUGUCACUGGGCACAGAUAUCUGGAGUCUGGGAGUGCUCACCUACGUCAUGUUGAGUGGCGUUUCUCCCUUUCUGGAUGAAAGCAGGGAGGAGACAUGCAUCAACGUGUGCCGAGUGGAUUUCAGCUUUCCCAAUGAGUACUUUUGCGAUGUAAGCCAUGCUGCCAAAGAUUUCAUCAACGUAAUCCUUCAGGAAGACUUCCGAAGGAGACCUACUGCCGCCACUUGCUUGCAGCACCCAUGGCUGCAGUUUCAUAAUGGCAGCUAUUCCAAAGUACCGCUGGAUACCUCACGGCUGGCUAGUUUCAUCGAACGCCGCAAACACCAGUUUGAUGUGCGCCCCGUUCCGAAUGUUAAGAGUUUCAUUAUGAGCAGAAUGAACCCAGGAACAUAACGCAAUACAACGGUUUCAGUGAUAGU